CACGGCCCGGCUCAGCCCAGCCCAGCCCAGCCCAGCCUGGCCGCACAUGGCAGCGGAGCGCUCGGCUGCGCCGCAGGUUAGCUAGGGCCGGGCUCCGGCCAGCGCAUCCAGCCUCUCUAGGUCCGCCGAGUUACCGCAGGGAUUAAAAUGCAGCUGGCCGCCUGCUUCUUUUUGGGCUGCGGCAUAUUCUUAGCUUCAGGAUACAACUCCUUCAGUAAGAGCAUGGAGACGAUAGGCAAGAAGCAGUACCAGGUUCAGCACGGGUCGUGCAGCUACACCUUCCUUCUGCCCGAGGCGGACAAUUGCCGCUCCUCCGCUCCCUACGUGUCCAACGCGGUGCAGAGGGAUGCGCCUCUGGACUAUGAUGAUUCAGUUCAAAGACUGCAGCUGCUUGAGAACAUCAUGGAAAACAACACUCAGUGGCUAAUGAAGCUUGAGAAUUACAUCCAAGACAGUAUGAAGAAAGAAAUGGUAGAGAUCCAGCAAACUGCAGUGCAGAACCAGACUGCAGUAAUGAUUGAAAUAGGCACAAACUUGCUAAAUCAAACAGCUGAACAGACCCGCAAAUUAACAGAUGUUGAAGCACAAGUAAUAAACCAGACAACCCGACUUGAACUUCAGCUUUUGGAACACUCUCUUUCAACAGACAAACUAGAAAGACAGAUUUCAGAUCAGACCAAUGAGAUAACUAAAUUACAAGAAAAAAACAGCUUUUUAGAAAAAAGAGUUCUUGAGAUGGAAGACAAGCACAUGCUUCAGCUGAAGUCAAUAAAAGAUGAAAAAGAUCAACUUCAAGUCCUAGUAGCCAGACAGAAUUCUAUUAUAGAAGAACUAGAAAGACAGUUAGUUACAGCUACAGUAAACAACUCAGUUCUGCAAAAACAGCAACAUGAUCUGAUGGAGACGGUUCAUAGCUUGCUUACUAUGAUAUCAACACCCAACUCUAAGAACAACUUCAUAGCCAAAGAGGAGCAAAUCAGCUUCAAAGAUUGUGCUGAAGCUUUCAAAUCUGGAUUGACAACAAGUGGAAUCUACACUUUAACAGUUUCAAACACUGCACAGGAGAAGAAGGCCUACUGUGACAUGGAAACUGGUGGAGGAGGUUGGACAGUCAUUCAGAAACGAGAAGAUGGCAGUGUGGACUUCCACCGGACGUGGAAGGAGUACAAGAUGGGAUUUGGUGAUCCUGCUGGGGAGUACUGGCUGGGAAAUGAGUUUGUUUCUCAACUGACUAAUCAGAAGCGUUAUGUUCUUAAAAUACAACUGAAAGACUGGGAAGGAAAUGAAGCAUAUUCAUUAUAUGACCACUUCUCUCUAGCAAGUGAAGAACAAAAAUACAGGAUUUACCUUAAAGGACUUACUGGGACAGCAGGCAAAAUAAGUAGUAUAAGCCAACCAGGAAAUGAUUUUAGCACAAAGGAUGCAGACAAUGACAAAUGUAUUUGCAAAUGUUCACAAAUGCUAACAGGAGGAUGGUGGUUUGACGCAUGUGGUCCUUCUAACCUCAAUGGAAUGUAUUAUCCAUUACGACAGAACAACAACAAGUUUAAUGGGAUCAAGUGGUACUACUGGAAGGGCUCGGGAUACUCUCUCAAAGCUACAACUAUGAUGAUUCGACCAGCAGAUUUCUAAAUACUUUGUCAUUAUGUGAAUUAUGUAUUGUAUAGUCUUCAAAGACUUAUUUUACCAAGCAACUUGUCUCAUUUUUUCAAGCCCAGAAACAUGCACUAGUGUUCUGAAGGGGUCAAUUCAGUACAAUUCUUGAAUUGCAAUCGCCUUGAUCAGCUAAAGCUCGUAUUAUUCAAUCAGACACAAAGUCUAAAGCAUCAACCUGAUAUAGCAAUGAUUUGGCCAAAUGACUCAAUAAAAAGAACAUCCAAGAAACCGUCAGACAACUUAAGGACUCUGUUUUACUAUCAUUUAUGUUAUGUACGUGUUAGUAAAUAACUGGAACUGUGAAAAAACCCUAAAAUAGUUUUAGGAAUAUGCAUUUUGCCUCACCACUGAAGUUUAAACAUUAAUAUAAAACACUUAGCUAGAUCUAGAACUAUUUAUCUUUCUGUGUCAUGUGUGCCCUUUAUGUACAUAAAAAAAUACUGUUUUGUAAUUAGCUCAGUCCUGUAGUUAGGGAAUACAUUCUUUCCCCCCAUAGUCUCCUAAACAACUUCUUACACUUAUUUGAGAAUUUUUUCCAGUAGCCUGUAUGACUAUGUUUAACAUAGGACAAAUAGCAUUUAAAUAGUUUGCAUUUAUUCUUGGGAAAUACCAUUUAGAAAAACCAUAAUUUUUUCAGUCUAUUUCAGUCACUGUCCUUAAAUUGAAGAAAAUCCCUAUGAAGUACAUUAUACCACGUAUUCCUAUACAUUUUUAUGAAGAUUGCACUUUUUUCUUCCCUUGUCAUUUACCUGUAAAAUAACUGACCAGUAUUAUAUAAACCGAGACAACGGCAUUAACACCAGAUGUCCGGUUGUCUAUGACAAUCAUUUAUCACCUGGUGCUGUAAUAUAUCUAUAUGUUUUGUAAAAAUAACAUAACUGAAAAAUAUAUGCAUGUUAUUUGAUACAAUUAAAUUUAUGCUUAUGACUUAAGAUACAAAUUACUACAUUUUAAGAACAGGAAGAAAAAUAAUCUGAAAAUUAUCUAAGGUCACACUAUGGAUUUUUUUUCAGUAAGGUUAGGAUUUCUCCCUUAAAAUGCUCUGUAGGUAGGUCCUCAAUGUACACCACAAUGUGAAUAAAUUACUCUACUGGAUGAUCUUUGCUUUUUUCCCCCCCUUCAUUUUAUUACUAUAUGCUUUAAAAUUGUGUACUAAACACUGCAAUUCAGAUUGAGAAGAUAUUUCUUCAUACAUUACAAUAAUUUAGUGGAGGUUUUUCUCCAAAUCAAGUUCAGCUUUUAAUUCUCAUGCUUAUUCUCUGCCUAAUAUUUUCGUAAAACUCUGAUUUCAGCAGAUGACUGAAUUAGUUACAAUGCAACAACUUAACCCAAAACAAAACAAAAACCCCAGACAUAUUUCCAGAAGCUAAUUUAACAAAAGGUAUUGUAAAGGCAACAAGGCUUGUGAAGGGUCUAGAAAAAUUACCAUUUGAGGAGGGUGUGAGGGAUCUGGAGUUGUUUAGAUGGAGAAGAGGAGGCUCAGGGGGGACCUCAUCACUUCCUACCAUCAUCUGAAAGGAGGUUAUAGUGAGGUGGGGUCUGGUCUCUCUUCUGCUGUGCUGGCAGUGACAGGCUCAGAACAAAUGGCCUUAAACUGAGACAGGAGAGAUUCAGAUUAGAUAUUAGAAAAAAAAAUAAUUUCAGUAUUACAGUGGUGAGGCAUUGGAACAGGUUGCCCAGAAAGGUUGUGGAGUCACUAUCCCUGGAGGUGUUCAAGAGGCAUCUGGAUCUGGUGGGUGAUAUUUAGGGGUUACAGUGAAGUGCUAGAUGGACACUUGACUGGAUGAUCCUGUAGGUCUUUCCCAACCUUGAUGAUUCAGUAUUUCUAUCUUGAAAACAGUAAAUGGUUUUGAGAAAGAUGGAAUAAAUCUCUCCAUUUUACACUGAAAAUCAUUAAAACUGCUGUCAGAGUACCCCACCACUCACAUCAUCACCAUUCUUCUUCACUGAAAAUGUGUGCUAUGAUUACUAAGUGUAGCAGAGACAAAAAAUAUUUCUAAUAUUACUUCAUGAUCUGAUUUUAUAUAAACCUAAAGAAUGUAAAUUAAUAGUCACUGUCUGAAGAGUUCCAUAAAAUAAUCUCAAUGUAUUUGAAAGCACUGUUUAGUAUUUUAUUGUUUCUCAUAGCAAACUUGUAAGGAUAUACGUAUUUCAAACUAAAAAACCCCCCAAAACUUCCCAAAAUUGCUUUCAUGACUUUCCAAGAAAUGUCUUAGAGAGCAAGUCUAGAAUAAAGGCAUCACACUACUAGAGGGGCCACACAUGCCAACAAGCACACGGCAUACCAAGAGAAGCCUAAAGAGCUGUCAUUUUUCAGCCUAGAAAAGAGAAAGGGAAGGGGAGACCUUAAUGGUGCCGACAGUUGCCUGAUUGAGGACAUAGGGAGGACAAAGCCAGACCCUUCUUGGAGGUGCUCUGCUAUGAGACAAGAGAAGGGAACAACAGGCAGUAAAUACAAUUUGGAAUUGGGGAAAGUGAAUUUCCCUUUUAAUUUAUCCCUUUAUUACAAGAGGGAUGGAUUGGACAAGUCCUUUGGAGCACAGUGUUGAACUAGACAACCCUCAGAGGACCCUGCUAAUCUAAAAUACUUUAUGAUUCUAUGAAAUGUAAUAGAAAUGCUGAGUCUACAUUACUACAUUUCCUGUGUUGCUACAUUUAAUCGGACAACUAAAGAAAAUACUCCCAAUAUUUGAGCAUAUCCACACCAAUAAUAAAGGGAAAGAAAAAAAGCUAACAAAACAAACAAACAAACAUCUUCCAAAAUGUUCUUUAAAACCAUGAUGGCAUCUGAAUGCUCAACCUGGCAAAGAAAAGCAGUGCUAACUUCUGGUUGACACUAACUUUAUUUUAGUGAGAAACCCCUGUAUGACAAAAAAAAUUUAAUAUUGCAUGGCUAGCUUUGAUUUGUUAGAAAAAAGCUUACAGAAUUUGAGGCUUUCUGAUGACUGUUCGGGGAAAGUGAUCAGAAAUAUUAAUGUAGACAUUGAAUGGAUCAAUUGUUUAGUGAGACUUAAUUUUGGGGGAAAAAGGAUUAAUUUAUCAACACAAAUGUAAAAUUGUAGAGGGGAUAUAUCUUUAAAUGACAUUUCAUCUAAAGAAGAUUGCAUGGCUGGAACUCCAAACACCAAAGUGAAGCAACAGGAGGACAUGUCAGAAGGAAGGCUAUUAUAGGAAACAGAAGGCUGCAAAAACUGCUUUGGACUUGGUACAAAGAAGUAAAACAUAACAGCAAGGUAACCCCUACUUCUAAUUCCUUCCUGUAAUUAAAUAAACAGUAUGUGAAUCUAAAA